GACUUUGUUCUCUAUGACGAUAUUACUCAUCCGAGCCCUAUCUCGACCUUAAUGGCCACUCCUGAAACAACUUCCGUAUCAUCCCCCAUGUUCUCGGAUUCAACGACAUAGAUACCGAUGAGCUUGCAAAGCAGCUCGUUACCGCUGCAGCAACAAAUAUGGCAAACCAGUUAUCGACUGUGAGUGCCCUGACUUCACCUCUCAUGAAUGAUUCCUCCGAUCUCCUCGGUAAUCUUUUCUCCGAUGUUGAUCUCUCUUUGACGAAAUCGGUUACGCCCACCAUGGUGACGUCCAGCCCCCAGAUGUCGCUCGAUUGGAUGUCAGACCAACUUUCCCAGAAUCCUCCAUUCGAUUUUAGUAACAACAAUAGCAGCAGCAGCACUGCGGCUGUCCAUCCUUUUUCAACGGAGUCUUCACCUUUACUUCCUCUCAUUGCUACCUCGCCUCAGUUAGAUUUGAGCCUUUUACUCUCACUGUAUGAUAGGCAUCAGCAAUCUUUGAUUACCUCUUUGACGAUGAAAACGGUUGCUGCAGCUAUGGCUGCAGUUAGUCGUCAGCAAUCGACACUAACGACGGUAACUUCGAUGUCGACAGCGCCAGCAGCAACGACCCAGACAACUCCCUUGUCCACGGACAAGAAUCCAUUGAAGCGAAAGUCGGAUGAACUAGAGUCUAAUGGCGAUACGAGUUCCUCUCCACGUCAGUUUGCUUGCAAGCUGUGUGGCCGUGCUUUUUCCCGUCUUUUCAAUUUGAAUACUCAUGAACGGACACAUGACCGGAGCAAAGCCCGACUCUUUGCAUGCCCUGAGAAAGGUUGCAAAAAGUCGUUUACACGUAAAAAUGAUCUUCAGCGCCAUCAAAUAUCUAUCCAUGGGGUGACCCACAUCUACAGCUGCCAAACAUGCAACAAGCCUUUUAUGCGCAAAGAUGAACUUCGCCGCCAUAUGGAUCUCAAGAGUUGUGAAGAUGAUCACAGUGACCAACCUAGUACCAACGACAGCAAUAAGCCCAAGGACUCGCAGUGAUGAUCCCAUUCUUUCACAUUUGAACGCGAAAACAGCAAGGCUUUCUUUUCUUUUCUUUUUCUUACUUUAUUCAACUAGAUUACUUUUCCACAUUUGAAGAAAACAGUCUUCUCUUCGUUUUGCCUUUCUCAAAAUAAAUGAAAAUCUUAACUCAACAAUGGAA